ACUGUGUCGGUCUGUCGCUACCAGAGCCAUUUAUAAAUCAAACGAACAGUUAUCAACGCCGGCGAUUGACUGGAGGAUCUUACGAAAUAAAAUAAAUUGUUUGGUGAAAGCACAGCGCAAGGCAGACAAUUGGUGAGUACACAUAAAAGGAGAGAGCGGAAUACAUAAAACUUUGAACGAUUAAAGGACUAUUUUGUGCGAAUUAAAUAAAAAAUGGAGGACCAAGAAAUAUUGGAGCAAAUUUUGGAACACAGACAACAACAGAGCUACGUCAUUGAUAAUAUGAAUGCUGUUGCCGGUUGUGGAGACGUUGGCAGUGGUAGUGGUGAUAUAUCUGUAGCUAAGUACGACGAACAACUUCAAACAGAAGACCAUGACGUUGGCGAUGAUGACGAAUUAAAGUAUGUUAAAGAAGUGCAACAGAGCGAAAAACACCAGACUUGUGGCAAAGUCUUCGAUGGUGAUGGUGAAUAUAACAGCAAUGAGUUGGCAGAAAAUGAAGAAGCAAAAUACAAACAUGUAACUGGUGGUAAUGGCAGUGCUGAAGAAAUGGGAAAUGUAAAAGAAAUUUCCGAGUGCUCAUUGGAUUCACUUCCUAUAACGUAUUCCAACGGACAUGAGAUAAACAAAGAAAUAGGAGUUGUCAACAUCCACUCUAACAAUUUGCUUUCGUCGGUAUCCUUAGAGCAAAAUCAGGGCGAUUCCAAUGAGCAAAAGGAAACCGUGGACGACGAGGAGGGAAUUUCAUCAUAUUCGAAUGGAACAAGUUCUCUUAGCGAAAACGCAGCACACAAUGCUCUAGGCGACUUCAAAUUACUUACAACGGAAAAUCAAAAUAAGGAGGAAAGCAUUUGUUUGGAGGAGGCUAGCCACCCACAUACUACGGAGCAAGGUACGGAUCAAGCUCUAUUUCUACUUAAUCCCGACGCAAAGGAAUUUGUACCAACAUCCCCAACAUCUCCAACUUUGCCAAAUAUUCCAAAAUUGCAAAAUGAUCAUUUUGGUGAUGAUUUAUAUGAACAUCAUUCUGCAUUGGCUAUUCCCCGACGUAUAAUAAAUGAAGACGACUUUGUAGCUCAGAGCCCAAGAAAAGGUAUUUGCGGUAGCAUGGAGGCAAUUGCUGUUCCACCAGAGCAAGAAUUUGAUGAAGAAGCAGACAAGCGACCUCAUGAACUAGCACAAGACAACAUUGAUCCAUUUGAUAUUGAGGCUGAUAGUCAUGCGAAAUUGGCUGUGAUGGCAAGCGAGGAGAUUUGUGACAACGCUGCUAUUAAACCCAAUGAAGCUUCGACUGAUGAUGAGAAAAUUAAUGUAAUUGAUCAUGGACCAGAGACAUCUGUCGACCUAUGUGUAGACAUAUCAAACAUAAAAUAUGAUGAUCCAGCUACAACAGACAAUGACGUCAUGAAACAAUCCAUAUAUAUUUCCAAUGAUGAUCCCAUUGAAGAUGUUUUAAACAGUGUUCAGCUAAUACCUGAAAUUGAUAGCAUUAACAAUUCUUUUAUAGAAGACUUGAAUUCCAGUGAAUCGGCUGGCGAUAAGGAGCAGUUGCAAGUGGAGGAAAAGGAACUUGUUUCCAAAUCCCCUUCAACUGAAGAAAUGAAUACACAUGCGUUUCCUACUUCAUCGAACAAUGAUUUUUCUAUAAAUACUUUGCUUUUUGACUCAACUGCAAUGCAAGGCUCGAUUUAUGUGGAAUCGGAAUCGCAAAAAGAAGAUCACAACCAGGAACCAAAAAAUAUUGAGGACCACUUUUCACAGAUAAAGGAAAUUGCACCAACACACAUUACAACUGUCGCGGACAUAGAAUCACUCAAAGAUAAUUCUAUUGCCGUUGAUGAUAAGUGCGAUGUUAUUAAUAAUCCAGAACAUUUUGCUAACAUUAAUUAUGAGCCUAAGCAGGAGCAUGUGGAGAAUGUAAAAUGUGAAGGCAACGAAUUGGAAAUUGGGGAUUUUCUAUCCGAACCGAUUGAUGAAAAUAUACCUGCAUUAUCUGACACGCUUUUAAACGCCGAACUAGGAGAAAAUGCCGUUGAUAAAUGCGUAGAAAAUCCUGUACGCGGUACAGAAGUAGUAAAUGAAACAAUAACAGAUGUUAAAGUUUCAUGUGAAAUACAUAUAUCAGAAGAAAUGGCGGACGAAUUGCUUAAAGUGUCAGAUGGAAACCCGGAACAUAAUGACGUAAAUAUUCAAACUAUUAACUUUACUAAUGAUGAGAGUAAACCUGAAGCUAUAGACGAUGCCUCAUCAACUGUUGCAUCGGUUGAAUCGUCUGAAAGAGCUGAAGAUACUAACAAUGAAAAUGCGGAAAUAGCUGAAAACGUUCUUGUAGGAGGCAAUGAAGCUAAUCAUUUAGUCGAUAUUGGUAAGGAAAAUAAUAUCAAAGUCUCCAUGUUAGAAAAUUUGGAAAAAGUUGAAGAAACAAACAACCUUAAUAUGAUAGAGCAAAAGGAUGAAUUGGAAAUUCCAGAAAAUAAUUCUUCUUUGGAAAUUAACACAGAUAAUUUGGAAAAGGUUGAAAGCACGAAAACACUCGUUAUUGAAGAGCCAAAGCAUGAAUUGGAAAUUACCGAAAAUAAAACAUCUUUAAAAAACAACAUAGAUAUUGUUACAGAAACCGCAACGGAAAUGAUAUGUGGAUCUGAGUCUAGUCUGAAUAAUAAGGGGGGCACCAAUUUGAAAACAAAACAAAGUGACGGUGUUAAGAAGACUGGCACGAAGAAUGCACAAACCAGUGCACCGAAAUCUAAGUUGACAACUUCGUCGGCUUCGGUUAGAAAACUUGUUGCAGCGGAAUCGAUACAAAAACAAAUUUCUAUUGCUUCCAAACCGAAAUUAUCCACUGCACCAGGGAAUAAAACUGAUACCAGUGAAAAGAAGUUAGACAAGCCAACAACUGCAAGUGCAAGUACUGCACGUAAACCGAUUGGCAAUACAUCAUCAACAAAUAAGACCGCAUCGAAACUUUUGGCUAGCACAGCAAAUCGCACAACAGCAUCUGUUACAAAAACAAUAGCACCAAAACCAACAGCGAAUGGACGCACAAUUUCAUCGGCAACCACUACUACUCGUAAACCGAUCCCGGCACCAAUCAAUGGCGCUACUAAACCUCGACCAGCAUCAUCAACACAAUCGACUGCAACAAAACCAACACUUGGCACAUCUUUGAGUGCAAAUAGUACUAUUAGAAGCAAAAUAACUUCGCCACGUGAACCAUUCUCAUCUCAAACUCGGCCCUCAGUAAAAAGUCCAAUAAAAACAACAUCGAACAGCGUAUCAAAGCCUGCACCAUCCACAGUUGGAAAUCGCUCAAAAACGACAAGCUCUGCAAAUACCACCAUAUCGGCAAAGCAAUUUAUUGCACGUCCUGCUCCUAAGUUUACAAGCAUCAGUACAUCUGCAACAAAUAGGCGUCUAACUGUUGGCACCACUACAACAACCGCGCAAGCGACAUCGAAAUCCACAUCUAAUACCCUAUCUCAACGGAAAUCUUCGCCAAUUAAGCCACCUUUGAGUAAAACUGCAACUAAAACUACGAAUACUAGUAGCGGUGCUAAAAGCGCAAAACCUUUAACGUCUACAAAUUCUACAGAAAGCAAGUCGAACGGAGACACAUCGACUUCCGUUUUAUCAGCAGAAGGAGAACAAUCAAAUACUAAAAACACUGUUUCUAAUAUAGAUGAUGUCUCCAUUCUAGCGACAGAUUACAGUUCCAGUAUGCAAAUGGAUUUGGCCAGCGUUUAGAAAACUUAAAAAGUUAUUUGUGGCACGGAUUUUAUUCACUAACUGCUAUUAUAAUAUAAAAAAGCAUUUCUCAAGUGAAAAACAAAAAAGAAAUAAUUAUAACAGUGUAUUCUGCAGUUUAUCUCCGUUGAUUUAAACCGGCUCUAGCACCUCUAUAAAUAUAUCUUUAUGUUUCCCACUUUCACGCAUCAUUUCCUAUUUAAACCCAGAUUCAAACACCUUUGUUUUCUUAUAUUAAAAAGGUAUUUCAUAUCGUAAAACUCUUCAUAAUUAUCAAUUGUUUCACCUCAUAAACGCGUGUUAUGAUUGAGUUCAGAUCUCCAUAAUUCUUUACGAAAAAUGAUUAAAUUAGAAAGCGAUCCGACAUAGAUAUUGUCAUAAUUUUAUAACAAUUCGACACAGAAAAUUAAACGAAAUCAACGCAAAAUUAUUUUUUUAACAUGGAAGACAAAUACUACACUAAACCAAAAAUUUAUAAAAACUAAUUCAUGCAUGUGUCGCUUUUACCUAACAAGCUCAAGACGACUAUUCGUGCACAUUUUUAAUCGGAAGUUGUCUACCAUAUACCACAGUAGUUUUUGUAUCAACGAUUUUUAUAAAUGCAAAAGAAAGAAAAAACAUUAGCAUGCAUUUUUUGCUCCCAUCAUACUUAAUGUUUUAUAAGUAUAUCAAUAUUAUAUAUAUGCUACUAAUAAUAUCGUAAACAAACUGAACAAUUAUACGGAAAACAUGAAAAAGAAAUAAUUUUGAAAAAAACGUUAACGGCGCAAAUAGAUACCACAUUCAUUAUGUAUUUUAAUUUUUUUAUUUCAUUUUAUAAUUGACCUCCGUUUGGCUUGUCUUUAUUUAUUAAAAAAAAAAAAAUAGUAUUGUAUUUUGUGGUUACACCAAUUUAAAUGUUCUUUUGUUUGUUCCUUUUAUGUUGAAGCUUGAAAUCCUAAAUGAUUGAUAUCUUAUUUCCCAGUGUAUUAUUGUAUUAAGUUUUUUAAAUGUUUUUUUUUUUUUUUUUUUUGAAUUAUUUAUAUACAAGCCUUUGUUUCUUAUCUUUUCUAAAUUUGAAACAUUGUUUGAUUGCCUUUUUACCGAAGCCUUUUUGAUUAUAUUUCGCUAAAUUCCAACUUAAUUAGUGCCCUAUCCUUUAUUUGCCUUAAAAGAGAUUCUUAACUAUUGAAAUAAAUUAAUAAACGUAUACAUUUUUAUUCGCAUUGUCAACUAACUGUUUUACUCAUUCCUACUAUUGGAACAUACUGUCACACACUACAUCUAUCUGAAUUUGGCAAAAUGAGACUGAAAAUUCGUUUUUUAUACCCUAUCUAUACAAAUCAUUUAUUCCAAGUUAUGAACUAUAUCCGAAAAGAGUUCUUCCCGAAAAAGUUUAUUUAGAAAUAUUGGAACUAGCGACCCAAACUAAAACACGAAUAUAUUGCUGAAUAUCUCUCUUGAAAUUUACUAAAUACUAAAUUAAAAAAUAAACUAAUUAAUGUUAA